AGGUGUCCGAAGAGUGUAAAGCAAAGGAACAAAAGUUUGGUCGAAGAAAAAUGCAGUCGGCGAAGGAAAAGAUCCGCGACAUGGCCAGCACCGCCAAGGAGAAGCUCAGCAUCUGCGGCGCAAAGGUCCAAGGUCAUGCGGAGAAGACCAUGGCGAGGACAUCAAAGGAGAAGAAGAUGGCUAAAGAGCGAGAGAAGUCUAAGGAGGCGCAGGCCAAGGCCGAACUCCACCAAUCAAAGGCUGAGCAUGCGGCAGACGCUCAGGUUCACGGCCACCAUCUUCCCGGACACUCCACCUACCCUACCCGAGUGACCGGCACUGCUUACCCGCCGGGCCAGAUCUAAAGCUAGCUAUAUUAGGAAUAGCGGUUUAGCUUACCAAUAUAAUAUGUACGUAAGCUUUGUGUCUUUCUAAUAAGAACUUGGAUUUUCUUGGCUAAUUUACUUUUCUAAGUAUUAAGAUUCUUUUUGAUAUUGU